AUGGAAGAAGAAAAGGCUUUUAUGAUAAAGUUUCGAAAGUGUCACAUUCUCCAUUUUCAGUUGUUCCUUUCGAGCAAUGUAGACGAGAAUCAAUGCCUCAAUGCGGAUGGGCUUUUUCUAUUGUGCGAAAAGUUGAAGCUAAGCGCUUUUGCGAAAAGCAUCACCGAACGAGUAUUGUGUGGAGCAGAUACUGUAGAUUUUUAUGAUUUCAAAGAACGAUUUGUUUCUUAUUUACCGGAAAUAAUCGACGUAUCAUCGGGUACAGUUGACCCUUUACUGGCACGUGCACAGGAUACAGCGAGAACAUUAGGAUACGGGGAUGGACAAAGCAUUUACCUUGAAACACUUUUGAAAGUAUUUUUUGGCAAAUACUUGUGGCAGUUGUAUGAUGCUGCAGCAGGCGAACUUUGUUGUAGCGUUGAUUUUGUGAUAUCAGAAAUUUACAUAUUCGCAACUGAUCGGAUUAUACAAAUGAGACCAGAAAGAACUGUGCGUUUUGUGAUGGUACAUACACUUGCUGAUAGCACAUUCCAAAAAGCGUUGUUAAAUUUCGGUUCGAUAACACUUUCGAUUUCUCAGAUUGGUUCUUUAGUUGUUUCGGUGAAAUUGAUGAUAGAUGGGAAUUCUCUCAUGAUCCAGCUGACCCGGUACGAAACGCGUUUGCUAUGCGAAAACACCACAGACCUUGUUCAACUGUCCGUCGUCGACAUAAAUGGCCUUUUCGAGCGGGCAGACGUAGAACGGACUGGACGGGUAUCUGUACAGCAAUUUCUUGCGCAAUAUCGACUUCAGAAGCGACUUAGUGCUGAGGUUUUAUUUGCGUUUUGCUUUUUACUGAUUAUACGAAUGGGGUCCAUUUUAUUGCUGAUUCGUUCGUUUCUUCGCUCAAUCUCUUCGAAGCUCUUGACUCGACAAAUUCGGGGUGAGUUGCAGCGAGUAAUCUUAUACAAGGUGGUUUUACAUUCCCAUCUCAACCUCAUCACUUUUAGUACUAUUGAUUCUCACGAUUUGCUGGAGUAUUGGAACAAAGCUGGGCUUCGGAUAGAUGAAGGCAUCGCUGUUCUGAAGGUAAUUUCUUGCGAUAAGACCAGUCGAAUUCGAAAUGCGAUAGAAUGUUGGCACGCGUCUGAAACUGAAGGCCACCGAGGUCGUUCCGAAAAGUUUUGUGUGGAUCCGCGAUCGCGAUGUUUUAUAGCCCAAUUUGUGUGUAUCGUGAUUGUGGUGUUGUGCAUCAGUGGUGAGAAGGAAAUACGUUACGAUUAG